AUGGAUAACGACAACACCAGAAGACAGAGUUGCCACAAUUACAGUGGAGAAAGUCUCGAGGCUGGUGGUGUGGUUCAGCUACUCAAUCCAAAGAACGUCAAAGAGUAUGUAGUUGAGCUGAUCAAACCACCACAGACAACAACAUCCGUGCCAGCUGGAGGUACUAGCUAUUUUACCACUACGCCAGCUGUGGGUGUACCUGGUGCAGCAUCUACCCAGGAAAAUUUGCUCCCGUUGCAGGAAGUACACCAGCUAGAAUUGCAGCCGGCGCAGCAACUACACCCGCAGGAGACAACAACAUCCGUGCCAGCUGGAGGUACUAGCUAUUUUACCACUACGCCAGCUGUGGGUGUACCUGGUGCUGCAUCUACGCCAGGAAAAUUUGCUCCCGUUGCAGGAAGUACACCAGCUAGAAUUGCAGCCGGCGCAGCAACUACACCCGCAGGAGGUGUACCACCCACACUACCUAAAGUUACAUCAUCACCUGACAAGCCUGUCACCAUUCCACCUGGAACAGAUAAAACUGUGCUGAAAAUUACAAUUGUUCCUGAGUAUCCUACAGUACCCGUGAAAGUGAAAAUAUCUACCAAAAUCUGUAUUAAAUCCACAAGUCUUACCACUCAAGCUUCUGCUGCAACAACACUUGUUCCGGGCAUGACCACAGGAGCUCCAGCUCUAACUACAGUUGCUCCUGGAAUAACUACACCUGCUCCAGGUCUUACCACUACAGCGCCUGCUGCAACAACACUUGCUCCGGGCAUGACCUCCGCAGCUCCAGCUCUAACUACUGCUGCUCCUGCUAAAUCAACUCUUGCCCCUGGAAUAACAACAACUGCCCCAGGUCUUACCACUCCAGCUUCUGCUGCAACAACACUUGUUCAGGGCAUGACCACCGCAGCUCCAGCUGUAACUACUGCUGCUCCUGCUAAAUCAACUCUUGCCCCUGCAAUAACAACUCCUGCUCCAGGUCUUACUACUCCAGCUUCUGCUGCGACAACACUUUCUCCCGGCAUGACCACAGGAGCUCCAGUUGUAACUACUGCUGCUCUUGCUAAAUCAACACUUGCCCCUGGAUUAACAACACCUGCUGCAGGUCUUACUACUCCAGCUGCAGCUGCAAGAACACUUGCUCCGGGCAUGACCACAGCAGCUCCAGCUGUAACUACUGCUGUACCUGCUAAAUCAACUCUUGCCCCUGGAAUAACUACACCUGCUCCAGGUCUUACCACUCCAGCUUCUGCUGCAACAACACUUGCUCCGGGCAUGACCACCGCAGCUCCAGCUCUAACUACUGCUGCUCCUGCUAAAUCAACUCUUGCCCCUGGAAUAACUACACCUGCUCCAGGUCUUACCACUACAGCGCCUGCUGCAACAACCCCUGCUCCUGGCAUGACCACCGCAGCUCCAGCUCUAACUACUACUGCUCCUGCUAAAUCAACUCUUGCCCCUGCAAUAACAACAACUGCUCCAGGUCUUACCACUCCAGCUUCUGCUGCAACAACACUUGCUCCGGGCAUGACCACAGCAGCUCCAGCUCUAACUACUGCUGCUCCUGGUAAAUCAACUCUUGCCCCUGGAAUAACAACAACUGCCCCAGGUCUUACCACUCCAGCUUCUGCUGCAACAACACUUGCUCCGGGCAUGACCACAGCAGCUCCAGCUCUAACUACUGCUGCUCCUGCUAAAUCAACUCUUGCCCCUGAAAUAACAACAAUUGCCCCUGGUCUUACCACCACAGCGCCUGCUGCAACAACCCCUGCUCCUGGCAUGACCACCGCAGCUCCAGCUCUAACUACUACUGCUCCUGCUAAAUCAACUCUUGCCCCUGCAAUAACAACAACUGCUCCAGGUCUUACCACUCCAGCUUCUGCUGCAACAACACUCUGCUCUGGCAUGACCACAGCAGCUCCAGCUCUAACUACUGCUGCUCCUGGUCUUACCACUCCAGCUUCUGCUGCAACAACACUUGCUCCGGGCAUGACCACCGCAGCUCCAGCUCUCACUACUGCUGCUCCUGCCAAAUCAACUCUUGCCCCUGGAAUAACUACACCUGCCCCAGGUCUUACCACUCCAGCUUCUGCUGCAACAACACUUGCCUGGCAUGACCACCGCAGCUCCAGCCUCACUACUGCUGCUCCUGCUAAAUCAACUCUUGCCCCUGGAAUAACUACACCUGCCCCAGGUCUUACCACUCCAGCUUCUGCUGCAACAACACUUGCUCCGGGCAUGACCACCGCAGCUCCAGGUCUAACUACUGCUGCUCCUGCUAAAUCAACUGUUGCCCCUGGAAUAACAACAACUGCCCCAGGUCUUACCACUCCAGCUUCUGCUGCAACAACACUUGCUCCGGGCAUGACCACCGCAGCUCCAGGUCUAACUACUCCUGCUCCUGCUAAAUCAACUGUUGCCCCUGGAAUAACAACAACUGCCCCAGGUCUUAGCACUCAAGCUUCUGCUGCAACAACACUUGCUCCGGGCAUGACCACAGCAGCUCCAGCUCUAACUACUGCUGCUCCUGCUAAAUCAACUCUUGCCCCUGGAAUGACUACACCUGCCCCAGGUCUUACCACUCCAGCUUCUGCUGCAACAACACUUGCUCCGGGCAUGACCACCGCAGCUCCAGCUCUCACUACUGCUGCUCCUGCCAAAUCAACUCUUGCCCCUGGAAUAACUACACCUGCCCCAGCUCCAGCUCUCACUACUGCUGCUCCUGCUAAAUCAACUCUUGCCCCUGGAAUAACUACACCUGCCCCAGGUCUUACCACUCCAGCUUCUGCUGCAACAACACUUGCUCCGGGCAUGACCACAGCAGCUCCAGCUCUAACUACUGCUGCUCCUGCUAAAUCAACUCUUGCCCCUGGAAUAACAACAACUGCCCCAGGUCUUACCACUCCAGCUUCUGCUGCAACAACACUUGCUCCGGGCAUGACCACAGCAGCUCCAGCUCUAACUACUGCUGCUCCUACUAAAUCAACUCUUGCCCCUGGAAUAACAACAACUGCCCCAGGUCUUACCACUCCAGCUUCUGCUGCAACAACACUUGCUCCGGGCAUGACCACCGCAGCUCCAGGUCUAACUACUGCUGCUCCUGCUAAAUCAACUGUUGCCCCUGGAAUAACAACAACUGCCCCAGGUCUUACCACUCCAGCUUCUGCUGCAACAACACUUGCUCCGGGCAUGACCACCGCAGCUCCAGGUCUAACUACUGCUGCUCCUGCUAAAUCAACUGUUGCCCCUGGAAUAACAACAACUGCCCCAGGUCUUACCACUCCAGCUUCUGCUGCAACAACACUUGCUCCGGGCAUGACCACCGCAGCUCCAGGUCUAACUACUCCUGCUCCUGCUAAAUCAACUGUUGCCCCUGGAAUAACAACAACUGCCCCAGGUCUUACCACUUCAGCUUCUGCUCCAACAACACUUGCUCCGGGCAUGACCACCGCAGCUCCAGCUCUAACUACUGCUGCUCCUGGUAAAUCAACUCUUGCCCCUGGAAUAACAACAACUGCCCCAGGUCUUACCACUCCAGCUUCUGCUGCAACAACACUUGCUCCGGGCAUGACCACAGCAGCUCCAGCUCUAACUACUGCUGCUACUGCUAAAUCAACUCUUGCCCCUGGAAUAACAACAAUUGCCCCUGGUCUUACCACUCCAGCUUCUGCUGCAACAACACUUGCUCCAGGCAUGACCACUGCAGCUCCAGCUCUCACUACUGCUGCUCCUGCUAAAUCAACUCUUGCCCCUGGAAUAACAAUAACUGCCCCAGGUCUUACCACUCCAGCUUCUGCUGCAGCAACACUUGCUACGGGCAUGACCACCGCAGCUCCAGCUCUAACUACUGCUGUUCCUGGUAAAUCAACUCUUGCCCCUGGAAUAACAAAAACUGCCCCAGGUCUUACCACUCCAGCUUCUGCUGCAACAACACUUGCUCCGGGCAUGACCACAGCAGCUCCAGCUCUAACUACUACUGCUUCUGCUAAAUCAUCUCUUGCCCCUGGAAUAACAACAACUGCCCCAGGUCUUACUACUCCAGCUUCUGCUGCAACAACACUUGCGCAAGGCAUGACCACUGCAGCUCCAGCUCUCACUACUGCUGCUCCUGCUAAAUCAACUCUUGCCCCUGGAAUAACUACACCUGCUCCAGGUCUUACCACUACAGCUCCUGCUGCAACAACACCUGCUCCGGGCAUGACCACAGCAGCUCCAGCUCUAACUACUGCUGUUUCUGGUAAAUCAACUCUUGCCCCUGGAAUAACUACACCUGCCCCAGGUCUUACCACUCCAGCUUCUGCUGCAACAACACUUGCUCCGGGCAUGACUACAGCAGCUCCAGCUCUAACUACUGCUGCUCCUGCUAAAUCAACUCUUGCCCCUGGAAUAACAACAACUUCUCCAGGUCUUACUACUCCAGCUUCUGCUGCAACAACACUUCCUUCGGGCAUGACCACAGCAGCUCCAGCUCUAACUACUGCAGCUCUUGCUAAAUCAACUCUUGCCCCUGGAAUAACAACAACUGCCCCAGGUCUUACCACUCCAGCUUCUGCUGCAACAACAAUUGCUCCGGGCAUGACCACAGCAGCUCCAGCUCUAACUACUGCUGCUCCUGGUAAAUCAACUCUUGCCCCUGGAAUAACAACAACUGCCCCAGGUCUUACUACUCCAGCUUCUGCUGCAACAACACUUGCUCCAGGCAUGACCACUGCAGCUCCAGCUCUCACUACUGCUGCUCCUGCUAAAUCAACUCUUGCCCCUGGAAUAACUACACCUGCUCCAGGUCUUACUACUACAGCUACUGCUGCAACAACACCUGCUCCGGGCAUGACCACAGCAGCUCCAGCUCUAACUACUGCUGUUCCUGGUAAAUCAACUCUUGCCCUUGGAAUAACAACAACUGCCCCAGGUCUUACCACUCCAGCUUCUGCUGCAACAACACUUGCUCCGGGCAUGACCACAGCAGCUCCAGCUCUAACUACUGCUGCUCCUGCUAAAUCAACUGUUGCCCCUGGAAUAACAACAACUGCCCCAGGUCUUACCACUCCAGCUACUGCUGCAACAACACUUGCUCCGGGCAUGACCACAGCAGCUCCAGCUCUAACUACUGCUGCUCCUGCUAAAUCAACUCUUGCCCCUGGAAUAACAACAACUGCCCCAGGUCUUACCACUCCAGCUUCUGCUGCAACAACACUUGCUCCGGGGCAUGACCACAGCCGCUCCAGCCUAACUACUGCAGCUCUUGCUAAUCAAUCAACUCUUGCCCUGGAAUAA